GUGAAAAUUUGACGGAAGUGUUGUCUUCUGCGCGGGUGAUGAAUGAGACACGUGAAGAUAACCUACCCGAAAAUAACCAAAUUACAUGCGUAACACAGCGCUUAAAAAUAUAUUGCAUAUAAAUAUAUGAUCUGUCCGGGAGGCCAGAGAAAAUUUUGAAGUGAUUUGAAUUGAAGAAGAACCAAGCGCGCGCGCCAUUAAUCUUCAACACGUGUAAAUGUGUCCGAAACAAUAAAAGUCAGCCACGAUGACGUCAGAGAAGCCUCCGUUACCUGCCGAUGACCAGCUAGAGGAGGCUGACCCUUGCUCCGGGGCUGAGCAGGGUGUUGCCGUGGAGAUAGCCAGAGAUGGCUGGGACAGUAAAGUGGAAUAUUUCCUGGCUCAGGUGGGAUUCAGCGUGGGUUUAGGAAAUGUGUGGAGGUUCCCGUACCUCUGUCAUCAGAAUGGAGGAGGAGCGUUCAUCCUGCUCUAUGUGGUGUUGAUGGGUUUGAUCGGCGUGCCGUUGUUUUUUCUGGAGUUGGCUGCAGGUCAGAGUAUCAGGCAGGGCAGUAUUGGCGUCUGGAGACACAUUUCUCCGAAGCUUGUUGGCAUUGGAUACGCCAGCUGUGUGGUGUGUUCCUUUGUGGCGCUGUACUACAAUGUAAUCAUUGGCUGGAGUAUUUUUUACCUUGGAAAUUCCUUCCGGUAUCCUCUACCCUGGGAAAACUGCCCGACAGAAUUAAACGGCACCGUGAAGGUGAAGGAAUGUGAAGACAGUUCACCGACGUCAUAUUUCUGGUACCGUAAGGCUCUGGAUAUCACUGAUACUAUCGAUGAAACGGGCGAGUUGAACCUCAUCAUCACUGGCUGCCUGCUGGCCGCUUGGGUCAUUGUUUGUCUGGCCAUGUACAAGGGCAUUAAAUCCACUGGCAAGGUGAUGUAUUUCUCAUCCGUGUUUCCGUACGUGGUACUCCUGUGUUUCCUGAUCAGAGGCGCGAUGCUGGAUGGGGCAUCAGAGGGCAUUAAAUUCAUGUUUUACCCAAGGCUGGAGAUCUUGAAGGACGUUCAGGUGUGGCGUCAGGCGGCGACUCAAGUCUUUUUUGCUCUUGGUUUGGGCUUCGGUUCCGUGAUCGCGUACUCCUCCUACAACCCGCGGAACAACAACUGCCACCGUGACGCCUUCACAGUGUCCGGCGUCAACUUCAUGACGUCUGUUCUGGCCACGCUGGUAGUGUUUGCCGUGCUGGGAUUUAGAGCUAAAACCAUCGCCACAGACUGUGCCAAACGUAAUCUGAAGGCCGUGUCCGAGGCGAUACCCAACUUCUCUUUCACUCAUCUCAUCAAUGCAUCAGAUGUACUGAAUGAAUAUGAAAACUGGUACAGAGUUGAGGGUCACCAGCUUAAUCUUACUGGUUUAAAGAUCGAUCAUUGCAGCCUGGAGGAAGAAAUGAAGAAGGGCGCUGAGGGAACUGGUCUUGCGUUUAUCGCCUUCACUGAAGCAAUGACGUUGUUUCCUGGCAGUCCGUUCUGGUCGGCUCUUUUCUUCUUAAUGCUGCUCAAUCUGGGUUUGUCCACCAUGUUUGGAACGAUGGCUGGGAUUAUGACUCCAUUAACGGACACUUUUAAGACGCUACGCAAACACAAGCUGCUUUUUACAAUGUGCAGCUGUGCGGCAGGGUUUCUGAUCGGUCUGAUGUUCACUCAGCGCUGUGGAAACUACUUUGUGUUAAUGUUUGAUGACUAUUCUGCCACGCUUCCCCUAAUCAUCGUCGUCAUCUUUCAGACCCUCAGUGUGGCGUGGGUUUAUGGCGCAGACAGAUUUUUAGAGGACCUGAAGCAGAUGUUGGGUCGUCCGGUUCCAGUGGUGUACAAGUAUCUUUGGAAGUAUGUGUGUCCGGUUGCUAUGAUUGGUCUUUUGGGUGCCAGUCUACUGAAGAUGGUCUUACAGCGGCCCACGUACAUAACCUGGAAUAAAGAAAAGGCAUCUGAGAUACAUCUCCCCUAUCCGGAUUGGGGGCUUGCUGUCAUGGCAAUUCUCAUCAUUGUUGCAUCACUUCCUGUUCCUAUUGGAUACCUACAUGCUGUUGUUCUUGAGCGGCUCGGCCGGUCCCUUUCAGAUCCUGAGGCAGUGUAUGUGCCCUGUGCCACAACAGACACGGACCUCAUCCCGCUCGAUACGAACUCAUCUCCCUGGUUAGCUGGGGAAAAUGCUGACUUUCUUCUUCAAAACGGCAAUGUGGAAUCUAUGGAAUCCAGUAUGUUAUGAAAACAACAUCAGAGUUUACAAACAUAUGCGAUGGAUAAUUUGAAUGAAAAGUAUGGGUUUAUUUUGAAAGGUUUUAUUUUGAUGCUUGUUGUUCAAAACAGACAUUCUGCCUGUUCAUACGUGGACAUGGGAACAAAAAAUAUUCAAAGGAAGAGUUCAAAGUCAAAAAAUUCAAGUUUCGUCACCCCGGUUGUGCAGUGAGAUCUCAAGUUUUCAAAUCAGACGUGUCCAUUAAAUCUACAGUAACGGUACUGCUGGGCUUUACCUGCUUCUGUUGGGUCCAAAUGAACAUUUAAACAACUUGACAACAAUGAAACACUAUCAUAACCUUUGAUUACAACUGAUGGUACUACUUAAGUGGUCUGAUCUUGGUUAAGUAAGUGUUGUAUGGUGCCAGAUCUCAUCAGGGUUAUUAUGAAUUUGCAUUUAUGCAUUUUGGCAGACGCUUUUAUCCAAUGGCAUGUACAUUCCAGGAUGCACUCUUUUAAUCAAUUUGUGACUUGAAACUAAGAGACAAAGUACUGGCCGUUUCAUUAUAAUUUAUAUGAAGUCUACAGUGUUCUUAUUUAAAUGAGUUUGUAAUUUAAACAUAAGUUAAUGUCCUAAAUGUAAAGGUUCAUUUUUGAUAAAAACAAAACAAAAAUCCUUUAGACCUGUUGAACAAUCACCUUUAACUGUACUGAGACUCAGUAACAUGAAUCUCUAACAUCAGAGCUCAGAUCACAAACUAGCCUACAGUCUUCUAUAAGUGCUUCUCGUGGCAGAUAUGAAGAAAUGUCUGGAGUAAUAUAUAACAGAAGAACGUUUUUUUUAAGUAAUUCCAGUUUUAUAACGUUCGUAAAAAAUGCAUUUCACUUUUAAUAUUUAAUGAAGCUUUUUAAACAAACUGUUUUAUGGGGUCAGUUUUUCUUUGUACAGAAUGUUUGGUGAGCUGCAGGGAAAGUUGUUUUUUAUACAUUGUCUUGUUAUUAACCCUGAAAUAUCUCCGAACAUGUGUUUCACUGAGAUCUUAACUGACCUGUAGGUCAGACGGAUUUAUGGCUUGUAGUCAUUGUCAACUAUGAUCUUUGCCUCUCACAGGGGUUUGAUGGCUUUUCUAUGUCACUGUUCAGUAGGUUGAACUCAAUUUUGUAUAUAGUUAGUUCUGGUGAGUAAGAUAAGAUUAAAUCUUUUCAUAUAGUUCAACUGGAUAACUAGCAGGAGUUUUAUUUUUGGAUGUUCAUAUCUGACAUCAAUGUUUUAAUAAGUAAGGGAUAAUGUACAGGCAGACGGUUGUUAUUGCAGGAAUAAGCCCCGACAGUGUGAUCAGGUCCGACGCGAAGCGGAGUGUUUUGUAUCACACUGAAGGGGCUUAUUUUCGCGAUAACAGCCAGAUGCUUGUAGAUUACCCCGCUUAUUACACGGCUAUACUUGCCACAUGAGAAAAGAGUAGACAUGAAAGGAUCAUCAUUUUUACCGAAUAUAGACCUUCCGCGAGGAAAAGCUGUUUACUUUCGGUUUUAAGGAAGUUCAAAAGUCACGAACAGGCAAUUUGGUUUUAAUAAUUUGUAAAUAUAAUGUCACAUAUGUUAUUAAAAGACAUAUUUAUACUUAAAUUGUCCAAAAACCUGUUGAAAAGAUUUGAUGCAUCGUUAACCGUCUGUUAGUUUUGAGAGGUUGUUAUCUUGGAAUAACGAACUUGCUAAUGUUUCCACUGGCCAAUCAGAAUCAAGCAUUCCAAUGAGCCGUGUAAUAAUUGUAACUGUUACACACUACCGUUUAUUUUUUAUAUUUCUUUAAGCCUGUCUUUUUUGCUUUUAACAUGACAUAUGCGCUUUCUCCCUUUUGUGUAGGUUUAAAUAUAUGAUAACAUGCAAACAAAUUGUGACCUGUGUUGGUUUUGUCUUGUGAUCUUUAUAGAGCUAACAAACAUGAGCACAAACAAACUUUAUGUUGGAUCCUCAUUAAACAAUCGGCAAAAUUAAUAAUGUCUUUGUGUUGACUGAAACGGAGUCAUCAAAAGUUUCCUCUGUGUUGCGUUACACGUGUUUGCACUUGUCUCUUACCCCAAAGUAAAGCUACAAAGAAGAAAAGAAGGUUUAUGGAACUAAUGGCUGGAAUAUACUACAAGACUUUUGAAAUCUGAACAGAUCUAGAUAUCAUACAAUUGCAGACUUUUUUAAAGUUUUCGAUAGAAAUACACUGACUGAUCAAAUCUGCAGACUGUCACAGGCUUUUUGCAGCAAGUCCAGAUGGAAAUUCUGGGCAAAAUCGGAGCAAAAAUCUUGUAGUGUAUUUUAGCCUUAACGCAAUGAAUGAAGGCAUACGAAAAUUCGUUUGACAAAUUAACACAAUGUCUUAUUGUCUUAUUCAUUUUUUAAACUUGUGAAAAUUUCGGAUCUGUUCGAAGUUCUAAAAACGUCUGCCCUAACAGCUCCAAUGCACUUUGUUUCGUGAAGCUUUAUAAUGAGUAAAAAUUUGCAUUUGGAAGGGAAUUUAACAAUUGUUUUUUUUACAAAACAAGGUAUGAGCCCAGAAGUCAGGAGUUAUUGAGACCACGUGCGUGGGGUCAGUGUACUUCAGGGGUCUUCAACUACUUUUCUUUUAGGGCUAGAUUCCAAAAGUAUGAAUAGGAUGCGGGCCAGUUUUUUCCUGUCAUAAUUUCUUCUUUUAUUUUGUAUUUCCGGUAUUUAUUGCAUUUUGUUCCUUUUAUACUGUUUUUGUUGCUGUUACUUA